AUGGCAGUGGAAAUGUUUGAGAAAUGGCGGCUACUGGACAUGUUAUCUGAUGCGAAUCUAGAGGGAUGCUUAGCCAGAGCGGAUCAGGGUGACCACCACAAGGAACUCCAAAACUAUUGGAUGGGGGAAUCGGAGCGAAUCGGAGAAAGGUAUCAUAAUGAGGAUUCCAUUAGACAGGCCGAGCCGUUCAUGGCACGGGGGAAAUUUAGGAGUGCCGAGAAGCCUCUGAGACAACGUCUGGUGAAGUGCAUGGAUGAAAAAGGCCUCAGACGGAUUUCGAAAUGCCAACACCUAAUCUUCCCAAGUUUCUUUCUUUCAUUUGGUUCAUCUCUGCGUCCAGAGGACAACCACUCCCAGGUCCUAGCAGUAGUAGACCGGGCUGCAGCCGCGCUGGCAGCCUAUAGAGAAUUGGGACCUUACAGCGUUCCCCUGGAGUUUAUUCUUCAUGUCUCACAAGCGCUUAAGUCUCUCGGCCAGAAUCAAGACGGACAAGAAAGGAAUAUGCUCUAUGCUGAGGCUUUGCGGUACCUCGAGAUCGGGGAGUCCAUCUCGGAACGAUUGCGACGGGACCUUUGUUCGUCGUCGGGUUUGGAGUCAUUGCGCAAAAAGCAGCUGCUUGUCGCUUCUUCCACCCAUGAUGAUAUCUUUAAUCAUGCUCAAGCACUCACAUUCGCACUAGGUGAUGCCGAGAAGAUGUGGCGACGGACCCAGAGAGCGAAAGCAAGGGCAUUGUCCGACUUGGUGGACCGGCAGCGACCUCCUAAUUUUGUCGUCGAUGACCAAAUCGUAAAGCUGUUGGGGGAAGAAGCGAGGCUCGCGCGAAAACUCGAAUCGGUAGUUUCCAUAGACAAGAUUUCGACGAGUAUGGAACUGGAACGCGUUCGCUCGAUGAUGAAGGAACAUCAGCGCCUCGGCCGUCUACUUGCCUCGAGAGCGGGCAAGACCGAUCUGCAGGAUCUCCAAUGGCUUUUUGGAAAUGAAAAAGAUCGGGAUAUUUCGCCCGGCUCCAAAGUUGUAUUAGUCGACUGGGUUAUUAUAGGUGAAAAGAUUGUAAUGGUCACACUGGAUGCGAGGCUCGAGCCGCAGAUGCAAUGUUGUGAGAGAGCCAACUCGAAACUACACGAGAGAGCUGGGGGAUUAAGAACCGCCUUCUUCUCAGCUUACGAAGAUCAUAUCGAGGACAAGGUCAAGAUAACGCAACGCGAGGAGGCAUAUAAAUGCAUUAGAAAGCUGGCGUCUGACUUUGGCUCGGAGCCCAGGCUUCGAUGCAAUGCCAACAGGGAAAACCUGACGACAGUGGUGAAGGACGUCGACAUUCUUCAUUUUCAUGGACACACAGCGACCCAUCCCAACACCAUCUACCAGUCUCUCGUUCUAAGCGAUGGAAAAACAUCAGAGACAAGUUCCGGUGUGCAAGAGGUUCAUCACACAUAG